CCAAUCAGUUCAUUAUAUUCCGUCGAUCCCGUCUGUUGUUCGUUGAUAGUUUCGCGUCCCCGCUGAUUUUUCUUAUCAUAUUGGUGCGUGCCUCGCGUGUGUGUGAUAGUUGCGAAAUUUCCUAGCAGGAAUUUAUGACCUCCUUCGAAUUUGAAUAAUCUUUUGAAUAAGAAUUGAAGCUAAGUGAAGGUGCUAUUAUAGCACCUAGUGUGGAAUCUGAGUGAAUCGUAUAUUGAAUGAAACAUGGCUCGUGGGGAAGGAAAAGGUGAAAAUGUGGCCAAGCUGGCAAAUCGAAUUGCAGCCAUCAAGUACACGCUGUUCUGCUUCAACAUCGUAUCAUGGAUCAUCGGCGCCGGACUGUUCGCCUUCACGAUCUACAUCCGAGCCGAGCCCGGCUUCGAUGAGUGGGUCGCCCUGCUGGAUAUCUACGAGUACUACAUCGGUGUGUACAUUCUAAUCGGCACCGGUGCUCUGGUCAUGAUCUUCUCGUUCCUCGGGUGCUGCAGCGCCCUGAUGGAGCACACGACAGCCCUGUACGCGUUCAUCGGGACGCAAGUAUUCCUGUUCCUGUGCACCGUCGUCGGAUCUGCCAUCAUCCUGGACUUCUCCACCAUGAACUCCAGCAUCCAGCCAUUGAUCCGCCAAACAAUGCUGCGCUUCAUCAUGACGUCGGAGCACCCGCACUCGUCGGCCGCCCUGAAGCUGAUCCAAGAAAGCAUCGGAUGCUGUGGAGCCGACGGUCCGAACGACUACAUGGUCCUGCGCCAACCGCUGCCCCUCGAGUGCCGCGACACCGUCACCGGAAAUGCCUUCUUCCAUGGGUGCGUCGACGAGCUGACCUGGUUCCUGGAGGACAAAUCCAUCUGGGCCGCCAUCAUGGCCAUGAUACUCUCGGCAAUCCACACCGCCAAUGUAGUGCUCGGUAUUGUCCUGGUUCAGGCCCUCAAACGCGAGGAGGAAGCCAUGUACAGACGCUGAACCGCUGAUGCGCCCCAGCCCGCAAUCGCUGGAAAUAAAUGACAGUUUUUCCUCUUAGUUAAAAUUAGUUUUUACUACCAUCAACAAGUUUAGAGAAUAAUUAUGUGCCAACACGGGAAACAACCACCACGUAGCCAUUAAGUCCACUACGAUAAGCGAAAAUAAAACAAACCAGAAUAAAUUUUACACCUGGUGAACAGCUGAUGGCAGAGGGAGUACCGAAAGCACCACCAUCAUCGUAAUUAUCAUCCGGUGGAACAAACCA